AUGAGUCAACUGCAAGAUAGUGUGAUGAAGUGGUCGAGUCGGCCACAGGACGACAGGCGGAGGCGCGUUCGUGACAACCAGAGGCGCCACCGCGAGAGGACGAGAUCCCACGUCGCGCACCUCGAGACCAGGCUAGCUGAGACGGAGAUUCAAUUGCGUGAGGCCCUUCUUACGAUCAAGCACCUGACUUCAGAGCUCGAUCGCUACCGGAAACCUGCGUCGACAGACCGACCCGACGAGACUACCGUUCGGAACGUCUCUUUGCCGUUGAAGCCACCUUCGCCCGAAGCGCAAUGCCGUCCCAAAGUCCACAUUUUGCUGGAACCUGAACCACCGAACGAUGUGGUUGACGGCCUCGGUUACGAAAGCAACAGUGGUGGCGGAGACGAAGACACGGCUCGAUCAAUCGUCAGCGAACGUCCCGUCUCGAUCGCCGAGCCGUCUGCUACCCCACGCGCCACCGAGAAAGAUUGUUCUCAUCGCGAUUUAGCCUCAUCCACAAAAAGUCCGCUGCUAGGAGCCGCCUAUAGUCGCGAAGUCGGCACAGGCUGCGGUUGCGACGUCGUCGCCGAUGAAGAGGCCUGCCGCGACAUGGAUCCUCCGCAGGCGGGCGAAUCGACAACUAGAUGUCGCGAUGCGUACAGGUUGAUCAUGGACAGGAAUUAUUCCGGUUGGGAUCAUGACGCUCUUCGCCGAUGGCUGGGCCCGGGGUUUCGGGGACCUGUCUCCGCAGGCGAUGGCUGUCGCGUGGAGAACAUGCUCCUGUUUGCGUUGCUGGACCGGAUCACAUCCUAA